AUGGCGGCGGCGAGGAAGAACGCCGGCGUGCUCGCGCUCUUCGACGUCGACGGCACCCUCACCGCGCCCCGCAAGGAGGUGACGCCGGAGAUGCUCGAGUUCAUGAAGCGCCUGCGCGAGUCCGUGCGAUUCUCAGGCGAGAUUGAUUGCUCACUGUGUGUAUGGGUUAUGGCACUCUGGUUUUCUUCCUGGGAGCAGAUUGUGACCGUCGGCGUGGUGGGGGGAUCCGAUCUGGUCAAGAUCUCCGAGCAGCUCGGCAAAUCAGUCAUCACCGACUAUGACUACGUCUUCUCCGAGAACGGCCUGGUCGCGCACAAGGACGGCAAGCUCAUCGGGACGCAAAGCUUGAAAACGUAUCUUGGAGAUGACCAGCUUAAGGAAUUCAUUAACUUCACUCUUCAUUACAUUGCGGACUUGGAUAUCCCAAUUAAAAGGGGUACAUUCAUAGAGUUCAGGAGUGGAAUGAUCAAUGUGUCGCCCAUAGGGAGGAACUGUAGUCAGGAAGAACGUGAUGAUUUUGAGAAGUAUGAUAAGGUACAUAACGUUCGGCCUAAAAUGGUGUCAGUGCUUCGCGAAAAGUUUGCACACCUGAACCUGACUUUUUCCAUUGGAGGGCAGAUCAGUUUUGAUGUAUUCCCACAAGGCUGGGACAAAACCUACUGCUUGAGAUAUCUGGAAGAAUUCAAGGAAAUCCAUUUCUUUGGGGACAAAACCUACAAGGGUGGCAAUGAUCAUGAGAUAUUUGAAUCUGACAGAACAGUUGGUCAUACAGGUAAUUUUGCAUGA